AUGGAACUCUUAUGUUCAAUUUGCGGGUAAGAAUUAGACAUCUGUGUAAGAUGGCCUCGCUUGAUUCCAAAUACAGGAGACACCAUUUGUUAAUUGUGCGUGUAACAAAUAGUCGACUAAACCAUUGAGGCUGAUAAGAUUAUACAUUUAUAAAAUGAUUUGACUCAAGUAGUGUUUCCCAUUUAAAAUUAGUUAUAAUAAAUCAAAUAAAACUAAUUGAAACUGGACGACUUUCCUCUCAAUCAGAGCUUAUUGCGAAUUCUGUAAUUGCAAAAAUCAAAGAAUCUAAGACCAAUCAAUUUAGAAUCGAAAAUGACCAAUCAAACUUUCGAGGAAUGGCCAUCAGACGAAACAAGUAUUGAUAGCAAUUUCUUGGAUGAAUUGGCCACUUCUGUGAAGAAACCCUAAAAGUUAAAUUUGAAACGAUUCAGAGAUCAAGACGAUAGUUUUGGUUCUCUAAAUUAUUCAUACAAUUCUGGGAAGCUGUGUCAAACUCAUCGCAGACAACUCGAAGUAGUUUGUCUCCAGUGUCAAACUAUGAUUUGUACUAAUUGUGCUUUAUUUGGAAGUCAUAAAGGUCAUUAUAUUUAUAGUGAGGAGGACAUCAUAUCACUGUUAGAGAUGAAGGCACAAGAACUUACAGAGAUGGUUGAAAGAAUUCACAAAGAAUCCUCGUCUAUUUCAAGAAGCAAGCAUGAAUAGGACUUCUAGGCUUAGGUUUCAGAAAUGCAACGUAUUGCUGUUGAUAAGUUAAAGAAGGAAUUUGCAGAAUUGAGAGAUAAAAUAGAUUAAAAAGAAAAGAUUGUAAGUGUAUACUUUUUCUAAACUUAGUUAGUGUCCCAAAUAAUGAUUGCUACAUCCAACAAUAUCAACAAGUUUAGUGAUUGGUGGAAUAACACUAUCCAUAUUGAAAAGGAAUGCCAAUCUUGGAUUAAAUUAGCAUCAAGUGCUUUUGAGUAAUUCACAGAAUAGGUUAAAUAUUGGGAAUUACUCAAUCUAACUGAUAGUUUGAGAGCCAAUGGACUUCAACUCUAAUAGUAAGAAGAAGUGAAGAAAAACCAAUAAUAGAUUAGAACAAAAAAAGAUCAAUUGAUUGGUUAAGAAAUUAAUGUUAAAUUUAAUUGGAAUGCACUCAAACUUGAAGACUUUUGUAAAAUAACUGAAGGGCCUGAAUUAACUACAAACAAUAAUAACUAGUCUCAAUAAUCCCCAUAUUUAUUAAGUUCGUUUAACAUGCAAUAAUCAAUUGAGGAAACAGAUUUAUUAAAUGAUGUAAGUGCUACAUUUGCAAAUGAAGCAGAACCUGUUAAUUAAAUCAAGAGAGUUUAUAGGAGUGCCACUCCCACUAAUCUAAUGAAUACUGAAAAUUGUGAUCCCACCUUAUCACCAAUAGAAAGUAAUAGAGCUUCGAUUUGCAGAAAGAAAUCUUAAGUUCCGAUGAAAUUAUAGUUGUAUAUGGAUGAGUUGAGAAAGGGUAAGACAGACGUUGCAGAAUUCAAUAAUUUAGAGAAAGAUAUGUUGGUUGUUUUGGGGAAUGAAAUUAAACAUUGGAAGGUGAAAAGUGUGAAAAUUAUGAAAUCCAAAUUGUUGGAUGAUCAACUCCUGUAGUUAUUUAAGGGUAUGUUAUUUAUUGAUUCCUUUAAUUUAGCAUUGUCAUAGAAUGAUAAUAUUUAGAGUGUAAAUUUAUCGCAGAACUCAUUAACCGAUAAAAGCAUCGAUACUUUAUUCUAGUUAUAUCAAAAUGGAUUGAUUGGCAUUCAUCUUAAGAAUAUAAUUGUGUCAUAAAAUAAGAUUAAUGCCAGGAAUGUAAAGUAGAAGAUUGCUGAUUUUAAGAAACUGGGUUUGAUUAUAACAUUAUGA